UCAAUGAUUUCUAUCAUUGUACUCUCUAAGAACUAUGCAGAGUCUCGAUGGUGUUUAGAUGAGCUAUUGAAGAUCCUCGAGUGUAAGGAAAUGGUAAAACAAAUUAUUUUACCCUUGUUCUACGAUGUAGAUCCGUCAGAGGUACGACAUCAAAAAGGGAGUUUUGGAGAAGCAUUCGCCAAACUUAGAUAUAAGUUGAAGGAUGAAGUAAAGGUCACCAAGUGGGAGGCAGCUUUGGAAAAAGUAGCCAAUUUGUCCGGACUCGAAUUAAGGGACAGGAAUGAAUCAAAGUUUAUUCAGGAUAUCAUUAAAUGGGUGGAUUCAAUAAUGGUAAAUCGUACAUUUCUUAAGGUUGCAAAGUAUCCAGUUGGAAUAGAGUCCCGUGUACGAGACAUUUUUCAACAUUUAAGUAUGGGAAGGAAUGAUAUUAUAUGCAUGGUAGGGAUAUUUGGAACCGGUGGAAUUGGUAAGACAACUAUUUCAAAAGAGGUCUAUAACAGAAUUUCUUACCAAUUUGAAGGAAGUUGUUUCUUGAAAAACAUUAGAGAAACUUCAAAAGCAGGAGGUUUGAUCCAGCUACAAAAGACACUUCUUUAUGAGAUUUUGGGAAUAAGUUUGGAAUGUCAUGAUACUGAAAAGGGCAUCAAUGUAAUUAGGCAUAGACUUUGCUUUAAAAGAGUUCUCCUAAUUCUUGAUGAUGUGGAUGACUUGGUUCAACUAGAAACAUUAGCUGGAGCUCGUGAUUGGUUUGGUUCAGGAAGUAGAAUCAUCAUAACAACAAGAGAUCAGCAUUUAUUAAAUAUAUCUAAAGUUGAUUCAAAAUAUGAAGUAAAGAGAUUGGACCAUAAUGAAGCUCUUGAGCUCUUUAGUUGGCAUGCUUUUGAGGAAGACAAACCUAUGGAAGAUUAUGUGGAACUCUCUAAGCAUGUAAUGCAAUAUGCUGAGGGCCUUCCACUAGUUUUAACAGUGCUAGGCUCAGAUUUAAGGGGCCAGAAUAUAAAUUAUUGGAGAAGUACAUUGGAUAAGUAUAAACGAAUUCCUAGCAAAAAUAUUCAAAAAGUACUUUGUAUAAGUUACGAUGGAUUGGAUGAUAAUGAGAAGGAGAUUUUCCUCGAUAUUGCCUUUUUUUACAAUGGACAAUACCUGAAUCAUGUCGUUAAAAUAUUAGAUAGCUGUGGUUUCUCUCCGGAGAAUGGUAUCAAAAGGCUUAUAGAUAAAUGUCUCAUUACAAUUACUACUUACAAUACAUUGUGGAUGCAUGACUUGCUACUAGACAUGGGAAGAGAAAUUGUCCGAAAGGAAUCACCCAAAGAACCAGGCGCACGUAGUAGAUUAUGGUUUCAUGAAGAUAUUCGCCAUGUACUAGAGGAAAAUACUGGAACAAGCAAUGUUGAGGGGAUAGAAGUGAUUCUGCCUGAGGGUGAUGAUCAUGACAUGAUACGCUUGAGUCCCAAAUCGUUUGCAAAGAUGAAAAGACUCAGAAUUUUUAAAAGCCAUGGUGCAUACUUUUCUGGAAGAUCACUUGAUUAUCUUUCUAAUGAAUUAAGAGUGCUUGAUUGGUCAAACUGUCCUUUACAAUCUUUGCCAUCCAAUUUCCGUGGAGAGAAGCUCUUUGAUUUCAAACUAUAUAGAGGCCGCAUCCAGGAGAUUAGUGGGCAAUUUAAGAACUUGACGAGAAUGAGAUUUUUUGAGUGUACGUUUUUAACCAAAAUCUCAAAUCUUUCGAGUUGCUCAAGUUUAAAGGAAUUGGAUAUUAUGGAUUGUGAAAAUUUAGUCGAAGUUCAUGAUUCUGUUGGAUUCCUGGAUAAGCUUGCCCGUUUGCAUCUUUAUCAAUGCUCCAACAUGAAGAGUUUUCCAAGGCGUCUCAAGUUGAGAUCUCUAGAAGUCCUUACACUUUUUAAUUGCUCAAAACUUCAAACCUUUCCAGAAAUUGAGUGUAUAAUGGAAUAUUUAUGUUUCAUCUCAUUAUGGGGCACUCCAAUAAAAGAAUUGCCUUCAUCCAUUGGAUACCACACUCCUGCGCUUAAAGAGUUAUUUUUGGGGCAAUGCACAAAACUUAUGCAUCUCCCUAGUAGCAUUCAUCUGUUGCAAAAUCUAAAGGUGCUAAGUUGUCUUAGUGACUGUAUUAAUGGAUGCUGCAAGGACCUGAUGCGUCUCCCAAUCAGCGUUUCUCACUCGCAACAUCUAAAGUGUCUUUCUCUAGAAAAUUUUACAAAUCUUGCAAAAGAAGAAAUAGGUCUAUCCAUUGGGUACUCCACGUGUCUUAACGAUUCACAAAUAACAUUAUCCAGAACGAUUAAGAGGUCUGAACCAGAAUCAAGUGCUGAAUUACAACGACAACUCUUGUCGUCGCUUUAUUGGUAUCUUGACGACUUCUCUAUUUAUAGCACAACCACUUUGCAAGAGUUUGAUCUAUCUUGGAGUGCAAUUGUCAGCCUUCCCCCAACAAUGAAAAUAUAUGUUGAAUUGAGGAUUCUCAGAUUGUGCCAUUGUGAGAAACUUCAAGAAAUUCUACAUCUUCCACCAAAUAUACAAGAGCUAUAUGUCAGAGGGUGUUUCUCCUUGGAACGAUUCCCAGAAGUAUCAACAAAAUUUCAAUUCUAUACAUCCUGUGGCUUGCGAGAGCUAAGAUGGAUUGACUUGUCCGGUUGCCAUAAAUUGGUAGCAAAUAUAGGGAGUCAAGUGCCAAAUCCUUCAUUUGUUGAGGAACAUAUUCAAGACCAUUCAUGUGGUAUUAUAUUUCCAGGGAAUAAGAUUCCAGAUUGGUUUAGCCAUACUAAGGAGAUUUCAAAUGGUGAUGAUUCUUGGGAAUUGGAUAUUAGUGGUCCCUUGUAUUUGGAAGAAAUCAUAGGUAUUGUUUUUUGUGCUGUUCUUGGAUCCGACCCGGAUUACCCCUUGGGGCCCUUCUCCGGUAUUUGUGUUUCUAUAAAUGGUAACAUGCUUGUAGAAGCGAGGUUUUACUUAUAUGGAGGCUCGGAUCAUGUAUAUCUAAAUUACUCGUUUCCAGAAUGUAUCAGGCAAUUGCUGCGGUACCCAACAGGAGACAAUCUGAGGUUUAGAUUUUAUUGUGAUUCUUAUAAAGUGAUGUUUAAAAGUUGCGGAGUUCACAUAAUCUAUAAGCAUGAAGAUAAUGAGAAUUUAACAGUUGGGGAGUGCUCAGUAGAUUCAUCGAAUGGUAUCCAGCUUUCUAAGAGACGUCGAGAUAAUGAAGACAGCAACUUGGAAUUCAAUGGGUAUCCACAACACAAGAGAUGCUCUCAAGACUUGGGCAAUUCAAAUGCAACAUAGUUAGGCUCGCCACAAUCGUAUUCUUGCCAGCCAUUUCACGGACAAAUUACACCAUCUUCUUCCUUCGAUUGGAGUGACUUCCUCCGCGAACUUGUUCCCUGUCCAGGCUUUCAGGAACAACAAGAUCUCUACUUAAAGGGAGUCUCAGCACCAACCAAUUACCCUUCAACUCUCGAGCAAAUACCCCAGUUAAACUAUGAUACUGGGAAUUAUAAUGGCGUAAAUUGAAUUUGACAUCAGGGUGGUUUUGAGACGUUUGAUUUUGGAUCCACAAGUGGAGCUCAAACAAGCAACAGGUCAGAAGCUUCAUCAUCUGUGAGUUCAUUUGUGGAGGCUAUUCGGGAACAGGACAGUGAGAUGCCAGCAGAAUUUCCAGAUAUUUUAGAUGCAUCUUUUGAUUACUAGUUCUCCAAGAACGAUCAGCGUGCAGUUAUGCUUGUUUUGGCCUCUCUUCUGUUUUAGAAGACUUGUUAAUGGAAAGAUGAGUUUUUAGGUCGAUCUGUCAAAGCUUUGCAGGUGAUUUCUACUUCUCAAUCGGCUGACGGAGCUGAAUUCGAGAAACAUAUAUUCUCCAUAGGCUGUACCAAGAGGGAUGUUCUUUUUCUUUGCACAAUCUCUUAGACAGCCUGAAGACACUCAUUGCAAAGAACUCCCUAACACCCAUCGCAGCUCUGUUUUCCACUUUUCCUCUUCUACUCCGUCGCCAUGACAAAGCAAGAUGAUCCUGAACAAAAUGCAAACACUUCCUUUUUUCCUCCUUGUGGUUGUAUAAGUUUCCACUUCAAAGACAUGCAAAGUGCCGCUUUGUGGGAAUUGACAUAUUUAAUGGGAAGAAGCUUGAGGAUAUCGUUCCUUCAUCCCACAACUAUGAUGUUCCUCAUGUUUCUCGCACUGAUUAUCAGUUGAUUGAUAUCUCUGAAGAUGGUUUUGUGAGUCUUUUAAUGGAUAAUGGAGACACCAAGGAUGAUCUGAGGCUUCCCACUGAUGACAAUCUGCUCGGCCAGAUAAAAGAUGGGUUUGGUGAAGGAAUGGACUUGGUGCUGAGCGUUAUGUCUGCAAUGGGGGAGGAGCAGAUCUGUGCACUUAAGGACAUUGGCCCAAAAAACUAAAUAUGAUGCUGUAGCAGUAGCUAUGGCUGAUGUCAAAAGAAGCCCUUGUUUUCAGAUCUGAGAGGGAAGUUAUCUACUGGUGUUACAAUAAGUUUCUAUUAGAUGCAAUCUAGUAUUGUAAAAAAA